AUGCCGUGUCAACAAUCUUUAACUACAAUGGAGACGACAAAAGUUCGUUCUAAUUCAAAAACUGUAUCAGUUUCAAUGUUACAAAGUAUCUCUAUUUUUAUUUGCUUCGUGGCUCUGAUUCACGUCGAGUUGGAGUUGCACGCACAUCGAGGCACCAUCAGAGUUUUGACUUCUCAACACAAAGGAGAAAAUCCCGUGCUAAGAAACACUGUAAAUGAUGAAACGAGUCAUUCUACGCUUACGGAGACACACAAUGACUUGGCGGAAGGUCUGCAUAUGUCCCCAUUGAGACUAUUGAAAUGUCCCUUCUUCUGAUUACUUAGAUAGUUCUUUCAUAGCCCUAUUCUGAAUUGACUCACGUUGAAUAGGACAGGGGCACACAUUUUUAAAAAAAACUUUUAAAGCACAUUGGUAUAGUAUAGCUAUUACUAAACGAGGAUCGUACAAUCCCUAGACUCGGAGACCAAAACUUCACUGACUUCGGUAGCACAAAACAAACCGGCCACGACGUUAUGAGGUUGUACGUUAAGGAAGUUGUGACAAGUCCAGGUACAUACUAUGCUCAGGAUUUUAAGGAUUUGUCGAUUAAAAUCGCUCCAUAGUUUGCGAAAACUCAACUCAAAGCCGAUGAUUUCCUCCUUGGCUUGUUCAUGUGCGCCCAUAACACCCUCGUAUAUAUUUCCUUCACCUACUUAAGCAAGAACGGCCUUCUUACUUUUCCUUAUCCAAUCAUACUGAGUCAAAAUCUCUUGCAGAGAAAUACACUCGUCAGAAACGUAACAUAGGGAGUUCGAACAAGGGAUCAAAUGACAGCAAAAUGAUCAGUCGUGAUGAAAUCAAGAAAGAAGUGCAACGUGUUCUUAGUAACCUGGCCUGUAAAGUACGUUGCCCAAAAAACACCAGGGGAAGACGAGGGAGGCCUGGUGAAAGAGGUCCACCCGGGCCUCAGGGACCUCCAGGCCGUCAAGGCGAUCCGGGCCCUCAAGGUCCAAAGGGCGAUCCUGGUAAAACCAUCUCAGCUCCUUCUAUCGUAUCACCUCCAACGCCCACCGUGGUUAAUGAAACCGACGUAGCCUCAUUUCAGUGCAAGGUUAGAGGAAAUCCCAAGCCUCAGAUCACGUGGCUGAAACAGAACUCCAGUCUUCCUGCUAAAAAACGAAUCGUACAGUCACGUGGUACCCUGAUGAUAAGGGAUGUGACGCCACAAGAUGGCGGAAUGUACACGUGCCAAGCGAAGAAUUUACUCGGAGUUGUAACAUCGUCAGCCAUAUUAACUGUUCAAGGUAAAUAAGUCUUAUUUUUGCUCCUGUCCGAGAAAAGAUUCGCGGAUAGGAACUUGUUUGCAUUUAAGAGAUGUCCUCUGGCCAUAGCAGAAACAUUUCGUCACUUUGUAAGGCCAAUUACAACCGCGUACUUUAGUAAAGGAAGAUUUGAGAAACGAAACAUAUGCCUUAGUAUUCUCUUAGUAAGCGGUGGGUCCACUCAGACUGAAGUUCUUGCAACAAGUUGCUUAAAGUUUAAAGCUAUGUUGCCCCCCCCCCCCCCCCUGGGGGUUUACGAGCAACUCGCCCGCUUAGUGCAGAGGUACCAUUGGGUAUCUGACUUUACAUCUUGGUGUUCUUUAUUCUUCACAGCAGCUCAUACUGCUUCCUAUUACCGCAUCACAUAACGACUACUGCUCAACAACUACCUGCACACCAAUCAACCUCCAAUCGACCCCCUAAAUAUUUAAAUAACUUGAAUGUAGGUACGUUCGGGCUUGCUGACCAUGAGAAUUAUAAUGAGUUAACGAAUUUCCUGUUGAUAACCAAAGUGGAAUAAGCAAACCUAUAAGGUUAAUAAUGUCAAGUACAAGAAAACCAAUGCAAGCGUGACAGCUAAACCCACGAGGCUCUACUUUACACCAAAACAGGAACUCCGUGAGAUGUAGGUGACAAUCAAGGUCAACGAUGGUUCUAAAACGUGCCCACUUCAAGGACUGACACUCAAAUUUAAUAAGUGAAAUUUAUGUUGAAAAACUACUUAAUAGAAUUUAAAAACCUGUCGACACAAAUACCGAUUAACCUUGAUCUACAAACUGACCAUAAGAAAACUGUCUAGGCACGAGUGAAACGACAAGUGUGAACAUGAAAUAAACCAAAAAUUACCCAUAAAAUACUUCACAACAAUACGUUCAACUACAAUCGAACCUCCCGUAAGUGACCAUCCAAAAUGCGUGGACUGUUCACUUACAAUAAUAAGCUGAUUUAGCAACAGAACGGGAACGUCAGUUGACAAUGGCGCGUGCAUAUCAAACAACUGGCUUGACCAUGGCAGAGCGGCAAAUUGGGCACCGGAAGUCGUGUUUUGUCCUUUCCGCGCGCUUUCACGUCACCAACUGAUGUUCCCGUCCUGUUGCUAAAUCAGCCUAAUCUAACCAAAGGGGGUCUCCUACGGGAGGGUCUCAAACAAGAAGAGGCUCAAUCACAUCUACUCAUACAGAUACUUAAUUGCAUUCAAUUUCUAAGUUACGACGAUUGUAGUUCCAUGCAUGUUGUCACUAAAAAGUCAUCGUAUACUGUAUAAGUAACAUUAUAGUACAUAAAGUGAACGCAGAGAUAGGACCAUGCGUCAAAUGGUGGCUUAAGAGAUGUUAGACCAAUCGAAAAUUAUUAAACAGUCAGCCCCGAAAUGUGGUAGCGGUCGUUUAGCGGAGGUGGUUGUUACGAGAGGUUUCAACUGUAAUUAAGGCGUUGACAAGGAAACUUUUGGCGUUUUUGAUUGUAGCUUAUUAAAGAUGGUCGUUUAUGACAGAUAGUCACACAUGAAGGUUUUAGCUCGUUUUUUACUUAUCGUAACAUAUAACUGUUGUUUGUUUGCAUUAUACAGUUGCUGCCCUAAUCACUCAAAAGCCCUCGUCUAUCAUUGUUGAAGAAGGACAAAAUGUGACUCUAGUUUGCAAAGCUACUGGUCAGCCGACACCAACAGUAAUGUGGCGCAAAGCAUUUGGUCACGUGUCUAAAGCGAAUAUUGUGGUGGCAGGUUGGAAUAUGACCAUACUCAGCGUUACGAAAGCAGACGGUGGGGCUUACGCAUGCUCGGUAAAGAACCUUCUUAGCCAAGAUUCUGCUGUUGCAUUAGUGACAGUGAUUGACAGGCUCGAAUUCAUUUUGGCUCCUCCUCCUACAGUUGUUGCAAAUGAGAGCAGCGACAUAAUAUUGAACUGUGCAGCCCACGGCAAAAAAGAUAUUCUUUGGGAAAGACAAAGCCAAGCAAUUCCUAAAAAUCAUGCCAUUUUUUCAAAUGGAACAUUGCUUAUGAGGAUGGUUUCUCUAAAUGACGCAGGAACUUACAAAUGCGUAGCGAAAAACUACCACCGUUCUAUAGAAGCAACCUCUGUUGUUAAAGUGCUAAGCUUAAAACCCAAAACCUGCAGCGAGAUAAGAUCUAAACACCCUGGAAGCUCUUCUGGUAAUUACAUUAUUGACCCUGAUGGCAAUGGUGGCGUGACUUCAUUUAGUGUGUAUUGUGACAUGAAUGACAAGGGCAGAGUUGGUGUGACGGUCAUUAGUCACGAUAGUGAGAGUAGGACCCAUGUUGCUGGUAACAUUCCUGGAUGUAAUUACGGCGGAUGUUACCGUAAAGAUGUUAGUUACACAGGAGUUACUACCGCCCAGCUGGCAGCGCUUACUCGAGUUUCACAUAACUGCGAACAGUUCAUCAAGUAUGAGUGCAAUCCCGAGUCACCAUUUAUUGAGGAUGACUAUGCUUGGUGGGUGUCAUGUGAUGGAACAAGAAUGGACUACUGGGGUGGAGCUACUGGCUACAAAAAAAUGUGCGCAUGCGGAGUAACAAACUCUUGUUCCAGUGGUAACAAAUGCAACUGCCCAAGCCGCAGUGGCUGGAGUGAGGACAGUGAUCUGCUCACAGACAAGGCCGCUCUUCCCGUGACACAAAUCAGACUGGGAGACUUAGACGAUUCACACGAGGAAGGUUAUCACACUUUAGGGAAACUCAAAUGUUAUGGACAUACUUAGCGAGUGGGUCCAGUGCGAAACAGUUUUCAACUAGGGGCGCUGUAUGUUUAGUCCUAUUUGCAAUUUCUUUGCUGAUUUAAACGUUCUUUCAGGCGCAGUGUUUUUGUAUCCUAUGGAAAAAAAAAGAACAUAUCUUUGCAUUGUAGCAGAGUAGAGUGGCGCACUCAGGUUUGAUAAAGAUACUUAGAGUGAUAAUAUACUUUAACGUACGGAAUUACAAGGCCCAUGAGCCAGUCCUCUUCUUCCGUGAGGAAUGCAACAAAUUUGUGGAUUUUUUGUUUUAGAGACUAUCUUUAUGCCUUUCGAAAGACUCUUUGUCCUGUGAGACUGCCUCAUUAGUUCGUUAAGUUGUAUUCCAUUCAAAUUUAUAUUUCUAUACCCUUCAUACAAACUUCGCCCCAUAUGCGCUUUUCACUCAUUUUACUUUCCACCGAGUGAUUUUUCAUAUACUUAACUUGACGGGGAAUAUUUUUCUUAUUCUUGAUAAUGCCGUUGAUCGAUCAGCAAAAGCUCGGAAUAUAAUUUUCGAUUUAAUUACAACAGUUAAAGGCCUCAUUCGAACAAUAUUUUACUUUCUAAUGUUUAUAGUUUUGAUGCAAUAGAAUUUACCAUUAAAGACAGAAAUAGCCAACUUGCUUAAUUUACUAACACGACUUCAGGCCAUGCUUUUGUUUAAUAAAAGGGAAAACCUAGUUUGAUGUCCUUAUAUAAUGUUGUUUCAAACUUGGUUGAAAAUUUAUUAGCCAUCCUUGCCUGUAGCGAAAUCAAGUUUAAGCCAGUCAGGGCCUGUUUAUCUGGAGGUGAAGGGACCCCACAUAGGUGCGGCCAAGAGCUCUUGGUGCGGCGUAACAUUUGGCGGGUCACCUCACCUAUCAUGUAAACGUGCUCAAAUUAAAAUGAGAGAUUAUAUAAACAGGUGGGUUACCCCAGCUAAGCGCGUAACCACACCUACCUGGGGUCCCCCACCUUCAUGUAAACGGGCCCUUAAAUUAUCUAGCAAACUGUGAGACCGUCGCCUCGUUGGCACUUGCCAAAAGAUUCCCCUAGUGUAUUUACCUCGGUUUUCAUAAACGUUCGAAUGCCCCAUUCAGUUGUUAAUUCUCAAGCUCGACACAUAAAAGAAAAAUUAGAUUUAAAAUUAAUUUCAGAAAGAAAUUAAACAAUUGUACUUUUGCUUGAUGUGACUGAUCAAUAUUACAAUAGCGCGCGAUGAUGUCAUUUUACUACUAUUUUAUACUUCGACCAGAAUCCUUCCGGGUUUUGCCUUCUUGUGCAAAUUAGGGCUUUUGUUUUUUAAUCCUCACUGUGAUUACCAAAUUUAGAUAUGAAAGAAAAAGCAAAGGGAUUCUGGUCAUAGUAAUAAAAUGACGCCAGUGGGCAAAUGGCCUUUUCUCGAGCAACUAGUGACAUUAUUACGUAGAUUGUUAAGUCAUGAAACCAAGGCACGAGGAUUCUCUACUCAAUGUACGAAGAAAGGCUCAAAAAACAUAGUUCUAGCUAAUAUUAAUCAUGCAUUAUUCAUUUACGCUGCGUCCGAUUCCCAUUUUACACCUGUGCAAUUAAUGUUUCUUGUGUACCGCUGUUUUAAAAGGAAACACACGUCUAAGCCUGUAAGUGUAUAUGAUCUCUUAGAGAGGCAAGAUCGCAAAACUUUUAGAAAAGUAGUUCCAAACUCUACAGGACAUGCACUCUUAUCUUAUGAAAAGAAACUUAUUUUUAACCUAAGAUUAAUACUAUGCGUCUUAAAUACUCUUUCAUUAACCAUUUAGUUUUUUUAAUACUGACGAAUUAGCAUUGUAAAAUACUAGAUUUUAAUUCUUACUUUUUACCUUUUCAUACUUGUUGCCAGAUGUAAAAUUUCCUGAUUAAAUACACUUGUAACAAAAGAUAUGUAUUUUUAACUUUUGACGAUUAAAGACUUUAUUAUUACUAUUAUUAUUAUUAUUAUUAUUAUUAUUAUUAUUAUUAUUAUUAUUAUUAUUAAAUCCAAGCACUGAUGGUUUAUUUGUGUUUCUUAACACGUUUGUAGUCAAAUAAAAAACAUUUCACACCAUUGAUGAAGGACAUACUUCUCAACCACAUUAAAUAAACGGCUUUAACAUGAUAGGACAUUAGUGAUACAUAUUGUCUGAGGGGACUUUGUGUCGUAAACCAUUGUAGUCAAAUGAUCUUGAGCAAAACUCAGUGAUGAGUGCAAAUCCUUCGCCAUAUCGUCUGUAGAAUUGAUUGAUUCCAAAGAGAUGCUGUCUGAGUAAUUUUACGUAAUCGUACAAAGUCUAAAUAGUUUAAUUGAAAACCCAAUAGCUGCAACCGCCGAUUCUCUGAGUAUACACAACUACACAAUUGGCUUGUGCGGCUGGCGUCGAAAGUGUUAUAUGGGAUCGCUUUUAUCAUCCUCCCCUUUUUUGCGUCGGGCAUGCAGGCUAAUGCAUCAUAUCCUGAAGAGAUUUGCCCAUCAAACAAAAUAUAAACUAACUGCCUUUUCAGCAAAUUCAGCAAAUUCAGCAAACUUUGAUCUUACAACACGUGUCUAAAGCGAAUAUCGUGGUGGCAGGUUGGAAUAUGACCAUACUCAGCCUUACGAAAGCAGACGGUGGGGCUUACGCAUGCUCGGUAAAGAACCUUCUUAGCCAAGAUUCUGCUGUUGCAUUAGUGACAGUGAUUGACAGGCUCGAAUUCGUUUUGGCUCCUCCUCCUACAGUUGUUGCAAAUGAGAGCAGCGACAUAGUAUUAAACUGUGCAGCCCACGGUAAAAAAGAUAUUCUUUGGGAAAGACAAAGCCAAGCAAUUCCUAAAAAUCACGCCAUUUUUUCAAAUGGAACAUUGAUUCUGAGGAUGAUUUCUCUAAAUGACGCAGGAACUUACAAAUGCGUAGCGAAAAACUACCACCGUUCUAUAGAAGCAACCUCUGUUGUUAAAGUGCUAAGCUUACACCCCAAAACCUGCAGCGAGAUAAGAUCUAAACACCCUGGAAGCUCUUCUGGUAAUUACAUUAUUGACCCUGAUGGCAAUGGUGGCGUGACUUCAUUUAGUGUGUAUUGUGACAUGAAUGACAAGGGCAGAGUUGGUGUGACGGUCAUUAGUCACGAUAGUGAGAGUAGGACCCAUGUUGGUAACAUUCCUGAAUGUAAUGACCCCGGAUGUUACCGUAAAGAUGUUAGUUACACAGGAGUUACUACCGCCCAGCUGGCAGCGCUUACU